AUGACCAAGCUCGACACUACCUCCAGGCUCAAUCGCCUGAGAGGCUUGAUGAAGGAGCGCAAUGUUCAGAUUUACAUUGUCCCUUCUGAGGAUAGCCACUCGUCUGAAUAUAUCGCAGAUUGUGAUGCCAGACGUGCUUAUAUCUCUGGGUUCACUGGUUCUGCUGGAUGUGCUGUUGUUACACUCGAGUCUGCUGCUCUUGCUACUGACGGCCGUUACUUCAACCAGGCCACAUCUCAACUCGAUAGCAACUGGACACUUCUGAAACAAGGCCUCCAAGACGUUCCUACGUGGCAAGACUGGUCUGCAGAGCAGUCUUCUGGUGGAAAGAAUGUUGGCGUUGACCCAACACUCAUCUCCGGUUCAACUGCUAAGAACCUUGCUGAGAAAAUCCGAAAGAAUGGCGGAGCUGAGCUUGUACCUGUUGAUGGAAAUCUUGUUGAUCUGGUAUGGGGAGAUGAGCGUCCUUCUCGUCCCUCGGAACAAGUAAUCAUUCAGCCUGACGAGCUUGCAGGAGAGUCUGUCCUGAACAAGCUCACCAAGGUCCGCCAGGAGCUGGAAAAGAAGCACUCCCCUGGCUUUUUAGUGUCCAUGCUGGAUGAGAUCGCCUGGCUGUUCAAUUUGCGCGGUAACGACAUCCCUUACAACCCCGUUUUCUUCGCGUAUGCUACUGUCACCCCUGAUGCUGCUAAGCUGUACAUCGACGAAGCCAAGCUGGACGACAAGUGCCGCUCGCACCUCACCUCGAACAAAGUCGACAUCAAGCCAUACGAAGCUAUCUUCGACGACGCCCAGGUACUGCACGCCGCUCAUGCUGCAAAGAGCAAGUCUGGCGACAAGGUUCCUACUGGCAACUUCCUCAUUUCCAACAAAGGCUCAUGGGCACUUAAGCGUGCUCUGGGAGGAGACUCUUCGGUCGAUGAAAUCAGGAGUCUAAUUGGCGAUGCCAAGGCCAUUAAGACUGAGGCAGAAUUAAAGGGUAUGAGGGAUUGUCAUGUGAGAGAUGGCGCUGCACUCAUACAGUAUUUUGCCUGGCUUGAGGAUCAGCUUGUAAACAAGAAGGCCACGCUUGAUGAAGUGCAAGCGGCCGACAAACUUGAAGAGCUUCGAAAAGUAAAGAAGGACUUUGUUGGACUCUCAUUCCCCACCAUCUCCUCUACCGGCGCAAACGCUGCAAUCAUUCACUACGGCCCUGAGCGUGGCAACUGUGCCACCAUUGACCCUGAAGCUAUCUACCUUUGCGAUUCAGGAGCACAAUACCGCGAUGGUACCACGGACACCACUCGUACCUUGCACUUUGGAAAGCCUACAGAAGCAGAGAGGGAGGCGUACACUUUAGUUUUGAAAGGCCACAUCUCUUUGGAUCAAGCCAUUUUCCCCAAGGGAACCACAGGCUUCGCACUCGAUAGUCUGGCAAGACAACAUCUUUGGAAAAAUGGGUUGGACUACAGACAUGGUACCGGACACGGAGUUGGUUCAUUCCUGAAUGUCCAUGAAGGACCCAUUGGUAUCGGCACACGUGUCCAGUAUGCUGAAGUAGCACUGGCUCCAGGAAACGUGCUUUCAAACGAGCCCGGCUAUUACGAAGAUGGCAAGUACGGCAUCCGAAUAGAAAACAUGGUCCUCGUCAAGGAAGUCAAAACCAAGCACUCCUUUGGUGACAAGCCGUUCUUGGGCUUCGAGUACGUGACGCUUGUGCCGUACUGCCGGAACCUGAUCGACACAACGCUACUCACGUCUGAAGAGAAGGAGUGGCUCAACACUUACAACGCAAAGGUUCUGGAGAAGACGCAAGAAUAUUUCGAGGGAGACGACGUGACAUUGGCCUGGCUCAAGAGGGAGACCCAGCACGUUGAGUGA